AUGAGCGCAGUCCAGAAAAGAAAGGUCCCCCAGAAGAAUACUAAAUACAAAAAGGCUCCUCCAAAGCCCGCUCUCUCCAAAGAAGAAAAGCAACGGCGAUAUUUUGGCUCGUUGUGUGAUCAGCUCGAGGGCGAGCAUCUGGCAAACGCGUUGAAGACGACAAAGAAGCUCCUUGCUCUCGACCCAGCAGAUGAAGAGGCGUUGCAGACGCAAUUGUUUCUCCUCCUCAAGUCGUCGCAAUAUUCAGAAGCUCUAAAGGUAACAGACGCAAACCCAGAGCAGUUUGGAUUUGAGAGAGCAUACGCUCUUUACCGGCUCCAGCGCGAACAAGAGGCCUAUGAGCUUUUAGGCGAAGUAGAUGAAGACGAUAGAGCGGGGAUGCUACUACAGGCGCAAAUCAAUUAUCGAAGGGGCGAUUAUUCUGCCGCGUUGGAAAUUUACAAUAGCCUAUUAUCCACGUCCCAUAUAGAUGAAUACGCGGAUAUUAAAACCAACAUGACGGCUGCGGAAACGCAUCUCAGCUUUCUGCAAACAGGGUUUCUCUCGUCUAUCCAGCAACUUCCACCGCUACCGCGCAAUCAAUCGUUGGAAGAUGCACCCUUACCAUCACUACAUCUUACGCAUACGACACAAGUCGAUGCCACUGUGGAACCGGCUCCGAAACCAAAAGCGCCCAGAAAGUCGAGGAUUCCCAAAGGGGUCAUCCCAGGUGUAACACCACCACCUGACCCAGAGAGAUGGAUCAAGAAGAGUGAGCGGACUCGCGUUGAAACGGGGAACAAGAAGAAAAAGGGCGGCGCGACGCAGGGAAGUACGGCUCCGGAACCGACACAAAAGUCAGGAGGGGGAGGAAAGAGCAACAAGAAGAAAAGAUAG